CUCGCCUUUGUUUACAGCAGACCAGAGUGGAGGCUCGCGCUCCGCAGCGGUACUUUACAGCUGUUGAACUAAUUAACGACUGAAGGAUAUUUUCAAGAGUUUUUGGAUACAAUUAACAAACAACCAUGGUGGCCAUGACGAAGAAAAUAAAAACUUUCCAGAUCAUUUUUUCGGAUCCAAGUAAGACUUUUUACUGCGGUGGGGACAAGGUGUGCGGCCGCGUGGAGGUGGAGGUGAACGAGCUGACCCGCGUGACCGCGCUGAAGGUCGUGGGUGUGGGCUGCGCCAAGGUGGAGUAUGCCAAAGGGAAGCAGAGGUGCAGGCAGGAGGCCGAGUACCUGAGAUAUGAGGAGCUCCUGAAGCUGGACGAGCAGCCCACAGAUGCUGAUGGAUCUGUCCUCCUGAGACCUGGGAACAAAUAUGAAUACACAUUUGGAUUUGAGCUCCCCCAGCAAGGGCAGCUGGUGUCCUCAUACAAAGGCAAGUUUGGUUACGUCCAUUACUACGUAAAGGCCAAGAUGGACAGGCCGCACCAGCCCACGCUGGAGUGUAAGAAACAGUUUGAGGUGGAGGAGCCUCUGGAUGUGAACACCCCAGACCUGCUGUCUCCCACUGGUGGCAUGAAGGAGAAGAAGGUCACCUGCAUGUUCAUCCCCGAUGGCCAGGUUUCACUCAAUGCCAAAAUUGACCGUCGUGGCUUUUGUGAAGGUGAAGACAUCUGCAUUAAUGCAAAGUUUGAGAACACUUGCUCCCGUAUUGUGGUGCCAAAGGCUGCCAUCAUUGCCAAACACACAUACCAGGCCAAUGGACGCACUAAGGUGUUUCGCCAGAAGCUGUCCGCGGUCCGUGGAAACCACAUCAUCUCUGGCAUGUGUGACGCUUGGCAGGGCAAGACCAUCAGGGUCCCAAAGAUCAAACCAUCCAUGCUGGGCUGCAAUAUCAUCCGUGUUGAGUACGCUCUUAUGAUUUAUGUGCACAUCCCUGGCAGCGACAAGCUCAUCCUGGAACUGCCUCUGGUCAUCGGGACUGCUGGUCUGGGCAGUCGCAGUAAUAGUGUGAGCAGUCAGGAGGGUUCGGUCAGUAAUUCAUCCCAGAGCUGGGUGUCCCUCAGGAUGCCUUCUGAACCCCCCAGCUACAGUGACAUUAGCCGGGGCAGCAGCCUGGACCAGCCCCUCACACCCCUGCUUGAUGAUGUCGAUGGGGAUGAAAGCCCCAUCUUCAUGAAUCCACCAAGCUUUGUGUUCCCUCAGCCACCAGCGUACACAGAGACAGAGGAGGAGUAUAACAGCAACGCCCGCAUGCUGCCAGUGUGCUGAGCUCCAGCUGUGAUUGGUCAACUGUGGUCCAACUCCUGGGGACCAUUUUGUAAAGCACUUGAAAUGGAGUAAAAGUCCAGGGCUCAGUGUUGGACGGACUGUAGAAGUGGACAGGAAGGAGCUGACGGGGUUCUGUCUCAUGCACUUCGAUGCUGAUUCUCAGUCUUCCUCCUGGUAGUUUGCAGGCCAUGGGCCAGGGGGCGGAGCCUGUGGCACGCUGCAUUUCUGAUAAAGCUGUUCCUUCAGAGCCUCAGCUGUCCGUCAGGGACUCACCGUCUAUUUACAGCCACUUUGACUUUCCUGUUGGGGCCCAGUAGAACCUGGGGCAGCCCUUGACCUGUCGAGUUAGCUUUGCUCUUGAGCUCGUUUCAUCUGUGUGAUUCAUUUUCAUUCCAGUCCAACCUUGUACCUAAAGGGAUUUUCACAAGAAGAACCAGUGAUACUUUAAAGUUGUUUGUUGCUGUUUUGUCAGAAAUAUUGUUGCUGUUAAGAAUUGUAGCACUUAGAGGAAUCUUCCUCAGGUGCUAAUAAAAGCUUAUGAAGCUUCUAUGUAUAUAUUCUUAUAUACCCAUGUUUGAAAAAAGGGGAUUAUUCCUAUUUUAUUGCACUUUUAAAUGAUGCGUCUUGCUGUACUACUGCCCAGGUUAUUCUUGUUUGACCAUAUUUUUUGAUGUGGACAUUUUUUUGUUUUUGUUUUUUUAGUAAAGCAGUACUUUUUGUGUGAUUUCCAGAUCCAGGUUUGGUGGUUAACUGUAACUGCUUGAUACCACAUGUGCCAAACAUGAGUUCAUACAGCAUGCGCACUCCAAUAUCAUGGCACGCACCUUAUAUGAGGAUAAUCAUUGUUUCUGAUCUGCUGUUGUGCUAGACAACAUUUCAGUGUAAGGAGUCCACUGUGGUGGUUUCACAACUUCUGUUCUUCAAAAAGAAAUCCAUGUUACAGACUGAUUAUGAGUAUCUUUGCAAUUUAACCUUGAUACUUAUGUAUGUUUUUGUAUGAAACCCUAUGGGUUGUUUUUUAAUAAAAACAAAUGUUGAAAAACA